AUGAGGUGUGUGCAGUAUCUGCUGCACUGCAUGGCAGCUUUGAUCUAUGCCCGGAUUGUCCUAGGUGUCUCCAUGGAAGAAGAACUGGUGGUCCCUGUCAGGCUAGAUAAUGACCAAGGUCCAGCCAAGGAUGGCAAGGUGAUUUACCGACUGGUUGCAUUUGGAGAAGCCCUCAACUUGGAGUUAGAGCCUGACCCAAGCUUCCUUGCAAAGGACUUUAGUCUGCAAUAUGUGGGUAAACCUAAGUCUACUGGAGAAGACCCUGCAGAACCUCUUACUAACCUGGCUGACUGCUUUUAUUCUGGUACUGUCAAUGGGGAGCCAUCUAGCAGUGCAGCUCUGAGUCUCUGUGCAGGGAUCAGAGGAGCAUUUUAUCACCGAGGGGAAGAGUACUUCAUCCAGCCCAGUAAUCACACCCUGACGAUGGCUUCUUCCAACACCAUGGUUCUGCAUUUGCUGAGCAAGAGGAGUCGUGUCAAGGCAAAGUGUGGCGUGACUGACAUCUCCCAGCAGCAGCUGGAUUCAGAGGAGCCCCAGCCCAGGCAACCUAUGUCGCCGCAAGGAUCGGGAAAUUCACGGAAAAAGAGGUUCGUCUCCAGCCCCCGUUAUCUGGAGACCUUGAUUGUGGCUGACCAAUCUAUGGCAGAAUUUCACGGGAGCAGUUUAAAGCACUAUCUCCUAACCCUAAUGUCAGUGGCUGCUAAGCUUUACAAGCAUCCCAGCAUCCGAAACUCAAUCAGCCUGGUGGUUGUGAAGAUCCUGGUCAUCUAUGAUGAGCAGAAGGGACCCGAGGUGACAUCCAACGCUGCCCUGACCUUGAGAAACUUCUGCAGCUGGCAGAAACAGCAUAACCCACCCAGUGACCGCCACGCGGAACACUAUGAUACUGCAAUUCUAUUUACAAGACAGGAUCUUUGUGGAGCUCAGACAUGUGAUACCCUUGGGAUGGCCGACGUUGGUACCGUUUGUGACCCAAGUCGCAGUUGCUCUAUCAUUGAAGAUGACGGCUUGCAAGCAGCUUUCACUACAACCCAUGAACUAGGUCAUGUGUUUAAUAUGCCACAUGAUGAUGCCAAACAGUGCGCUGGUUACAACAAUGAGAAUAAGGAUUCCCAUAUGAUGGCGUCUAUGCUCUCCAAUCUGGAUAGACAUGAACCAUGGUCUCCUUGUAGCGCCUACAUGAUCACGUCCUUCUUGGAUAAUGGACAUGGGGAGUGCUUAUUGGACAAGCCUAGCAGACCCAUCCAACUUCCAUCAGAUCUCCCUGGAAUGCUGUAUGAUGCCAAUAAGCAGUGCGAAUUUACAUUUGGAGAGGAAUCCAGACAUUGUCCAGAUGCCGCCAGCACGUGUACGACCUUAUGGUGCACCGGAGUCUCUGGAGGACUACUUGUCUGCCAAACUAAACACUUCCCUUGGGCUGAUGGAACCAGUUGUGGAGAAGGGAAGUGGUGUUUAAAGGGCAAGUGCACCGAGAUGACAGACAAGAAACACUAUGAGACUCCUGUACAUGGUGGCUGGGGAGCCUGGGGCCACUGGGGAGAGUGUUCUAGAACUUGUGGUGGUGGAGUCCAGUACUCCAUUCGGGAAUGUGACAAUCCAGUGCCAAAAGAUGGUGGAAAGUACUGUGAAGGCAAAAGGGUUCAGUAUCGUUCAUGCAACGUCCAAGACUGCCCUGAAAAUAAUGGCAAGACAUUCAGAGAAGAACAAUGUGAAGCCCAUAAUGACAUCUCUAAGACACCUGGAAGUGGGCCCAAUGUUGAAUGGACACCAAAAUUUGCAGGAGUCCGUCCAAAAGAUCGUUGCAAGCUUGUGUGCCGAGCAAAGGGCACUGGAUUCUUCUUUGUGCUGAGCCCCAGGGUAGCUGAUGGUACUCCAUGUAGUCCCGACUCAACCUCCGUAUGCAUCCAAGGCCAAUGUGUCAAGGCUGGCUGUGAUCGUGUAAUAGGCUCCAACAAGAAGUACGACAAAUGUGGAGUCUGUGGAGGAAAUGGAUCCACCUGCAAGAAAGUAUCUGGGACAUUUACUAAAGCAAGACCUGGGUAUCAUGAUGUUGUCACCAUCCCUGCUGGUGCAACAAACAUUGAAAUCAAGCAACGCAACAGCAGGAGUUCCAUGCAUGAUGGCAGCUACUUAGCUAUAAAGGCAGCUGAUGGCACCUAUAUCCUCAAUGGUGACUAUACAUUAUCCACGUUGGAACAAGACAUUUCCUACAAUGGCAACUUUUUGACAUACAGCGGUUCUACAGCGUCACUAGAAAGAAUCCGCAGCUUUAAGCCACUGAGGGAACCCAUCACUGUACAGGUCCUCACCGUGGGAGAUUCACAAAGACUGAAAAUCAAGUACAUUUAUUUUGUCAAGAAACCAGCUCAACCAGAAAAGCCUUUGAAUAAGAAGAAAGAGUCCUUCAAUGCUAUACAGGAAACAAUUCUCUCCGAGUGGGUUAUCGGAGAAUGGGGUGAAUGCUCAAAGACUUGUGGAUUAGGAUGGCAAAGGAGAUCUGUAGAGUGCAAAGACUUAAGGGGUCAUCCUUCAAAAGACUGCCCUAAUGAGCUGAAGCCAGACGAUAUCCGGUCAUGUGCAGACAUUCCCUGUCCCCAAUGGCAGUUGGGAGAUUGGUCCUCAUGUUCUAAGACCUGUGGGAAGGGUUUUAGAAAAAGACUCUUGAAGUGCGUGUCUUACGAGGGCAGCAACUUGCCUCAAGACAACUGCGACCCUUCAAAGAAGCCCAAACAUUUAAUAGACUUUUGUACUGUUUCCAUAUGCAGUUAAACAGCGUCUGACCAAGAAUAUUACUUGGUUCUUCAUAAAAAAAAAAAAAAACAUCAUGCUGUAAGUGGAAGGUCAGGUAGAACGUGUUUGUCCAUUGCACAAACCAUAGGAUGGAAAGUUAUUGAGCAGGAACAGUGCAAAUAUCUUCUGGUUGGGUUGGACCAUCAGGUUGAAUAUGUUAACGUAGGUUUGAAAGAAGGGCAUAUUACUGUUUCUACAUCCUCCAUUUUAGGGCCCUUGGGGACAUUAUGGGUUUGUUUUAAAACUUUUUGGAGUCUGUUACCAGUAAGGUCUAAACAAUAGAUGGCGGCCAUAGUAUGUAUUAAAACUUCUCGGGCUCCUUAAAGAUUAUGAGCCUAUGUAAGACAUUUUUCGUAAGGGGCCUUCAGAUGUUUUGGGAUUUUGCCCUUGGUUAGGGUUAACCUACCUCAUUUAAGAAGGGCAAGAUUGGGAGCUGGAAAUGUUCAGUAGAAUUCAUUAUGGCUGCUAUCGCAUCACAGUAUAUUUUUCUAGAGUAACAAAGCCAUAUUCUCAUAGACGUGAGACUUGCAGAUUAGGUGGACCAAGAAUUUUUUCUUUAAAUUAGAAUACACGUUUAGUAACCUUGUAAUCCCUACUGUAAAGGAUAGCUCAUCAAAAGGUCAUGUGACCAUAGAAAACCUUAGGUGGUCACAGAAAUGUCAUACUCUACAGUAGGGGGGGUUGUCAUCCCAUUAUAAUACACAGGUUUUCCUAAUGAACUGAAAUAAUAAGACCUACUAUAAGUAUUAGUAUCACUUGUGUAUUAAAGCAGCAUUUCCUUCAAAGAGCUGAGCACCAGAUGUGAAUGUUCACCCUUCAGGGCUUUAACAUCUGGUUCCAAAUAAUCUCUUCCAAGGAAACCAAGCAUAUAGAUAAUGGGGCGGGGGAGGGUGGGGCUCUAAAUUUAAGGCCAGUAUAGAGUUUAAGAUUGUACAUACAAAGAGAUAUAACAUAAAAAGGUAUAUAUGCUCCAUAUUCCAGAUAUGGAAAUAUAUUUGGUAGACAGUCCUGGGGAUAGCAGGUCCAUCCGCAGCUGUUGGCCAACCUGCAUGUGUCAGUUAUCUGUGUCAGGUUGGAGAAUAUGAAUUUGGUGAGUGAGUGCGUGCGUGCGUGUGUAUAUAUCUAUAUACACAGUAUACUUCAUAAGUAUUUGCUUCAGCUCCUUCCAUGAAGGGAUCCUUUAAUGACACAUCAUAUACCUAUUUAUUUUUGUACAACCAGUCCGAUUAUAUUUUAAGUUAUCGCUUUAUAUAACGAGAAAAAAAAGAGUAUUUAUGCAUUAUUAUUAUUAUUAUAUGUUACUAGAAAUAUUAAAAGAACACAUUGACAUUCCCUGA